UCCAUAUACUAUAGUUUUGGAAAUAAUAAAACCCUUUAGGACCAAUUCAUUAUUUCUUCGCUCUCUCUGUCUCGCACUCGAGUAGGUGGUCUCAGUUAAAUAAAGGAUCGUGCUUAGAAGAAGAUGAGUGGUGUCGGAGAGAAAGUUUCUGGAACGACUAAGACACCUGCAGAUUUCCUCAAAUCCAUCCGUGGGAGACCCGUUGUUGUCAAGCUCAAUUCUGGUGUUGAUUAUCGAGGCAUUCUUACUUGUCUUGAUGGGUAUAUGAACAUAGCAAUGGAGCAGACAGAGGAGUAUGUAAACGGGCAGCUCAAGAACAAAUAUGGUGAUGCCUUUAUUCGUGGAAACAACGUUCUUUACAUCAGUACAGUAAAGAUGACUGUAGCGGACGGAGCCUAGGCCCAUCAUGAUACAUCAUCAGCAACAACAACAUCAGUGGUCAUGUUAUGGCUGCCAUUUUUGUUGUCUUCUUCUACCUCAUAUUAAAAGAGCUUCUUGUAGUUGACAUAUACCAAGAAUGUUAUCCUAUGUUCUUCAAUGGAUUUUUGGGAACAUCUGAAACAAAAUGAAGUCAGCAACCAAUUUCAAUAUUUAGAUCAUAACUAA